UUUAGAUGCUUGUGCCCAGCUAUGCUUGUACGUCUUGGAUCUGAGGCCUCGCUCAAGGAACGAACCAAGUCUGGAGUUUUCUGGUGAUUGGAUAAAACUUUGGCAGCUGCAAGUCUAAUAAUCUGAAGCUAUGGACACACAAAUGUCUGAGUCGACCGUUGGCGCCAGGUUACCGUUGCUCCGUUGGCUCACCGGACAUGUCCGAUGAAUUAUAGCGGAGCGCCCCUUGAAAAUUUCCGGGAGUGAGCUGUUCGAGUGCAGCUCGGCCUGGUGCACCGGACACUGUACGAGAAGGUCUAUUUACGCGGAGAACACGUUUGAUGCAGCUAGAGAAAUACUCUAUCAAGUGGAGUAUGGAUAUAAGCAUGCAAAUGUGUUCUACUUUGAUGGCUGGGAUGGAAUUGGUGCAUCUGCUGCUCUCAAGGAAGCAGCAAAACGCCUAAAAUCUUCAGCAUCAAAGUUUGACAGCGUUCUCCAUUUGGAUUGCUCAUUAUGGAAAAGUAGGAGGGCCCUACAGAAGGCUAUCGCCGAGGAGAUAAAGCUCCCCCAUUCAGUGAUGGCCAUCUUGAGCCAGCAUGACAAGGAGGAUGAUUUCAACGGUGUAGAAGAAGGCGCUAGAAAUGAGGUACGGGAAAUCAUUAAGCAUACCUACACAAAGCUAGCCACCGUCAAAAGAUUAGUUGUGGUCUUCCAUAAUGGAAGUGGUAGCUUCAUUGACCUGAGCGAGUUUGGUAUCCCACUGAACCGAAACUUCAAAGGUGAUGUGUUGUUGUGGACAAUGCAAGGGAGGUUUAGACCCUAUGUUAGCUACACUAUAAAAGAAAAGGAUCCUAAUAUGGUGUACCUUUAUGUGGAUCCUGAUACGGUGCAAUUAGAUGACACUUCAUUAUGGGGCAUUGUGAAUGAGGAAGCUAAGGAGGUUGCUCAGUACACAGGUACCAUUGACCACAUGGCAGUGGUGGCGUGCAUCCUGUACACGUGGAAGCUAAAAGACAUGGGUAACAUAGAUUGGGAUACUCAUGCUUCAAACUACUGGGUUUGUGAUGGCAUUAUACAAGGCAGUAGUAGCUCGGAAGCAUGGGAUUGGAAGGUUGGUGAUGCACUACAGAGAAACAUGCAUUUGGGCUGGAUUAGUAGGUCUUAUAUGGAUUAUUUCUUUUCAUCCUCAGCUAUUGAGAUGCAGAUGCAGCAUUAUUUACCACGACCUCCAGCGAUUUGCUGCACUUCCGAGAUUAUUAGUGUGCCUGCUGAAGCAACAUCCUUUUUUCUACAACCAAAAUAUGGAGAUGAAGAAUCUCAAUUACUUGCUUCUAUGUUCAAACAUUCAGCCAGUAAUCUGCGUGUGCUGCAUCUCUCUGGAUGCACCUUUAGAUUUGCAUCUCCACCAUUCCUCUGUUGCAGCAACCUAAGGUUCCUCCUCCUUCACCGUUGCAAGGACGAUGGCACAAGUAUCACACCAACAGAGGGCAAGGAACUUGACGACCAGAGUGGAGCAUGGAGGGCUUGCUUCGGGAAGCUGCAAGUAAUGGAUUUGAGCUACACCAAAUGGUGGUGGUUGCUGUCACAAAGGAUGAACAUAAUGGCCAACCUCAGAGAGUUGAAUGCAAAGGGAAUCAAGAAUUUGAGCACAAGUCAUCUACGUGGUUGUGGCAGGCUUGUCAAGCUUCGAGUAGAAGACGGCAGCGUUGACGGACAAAGAUUAAUACUUGAGAACUCUGUUGCACUGGAACUAGCCGUCCUCGUUAACCAUGCUAAAGAUGAAGGCGCUACAUACAUCUCCUUUCGUGGUUGUGCUCAGUUGAGGAGUAUAUUGCUGGGAGGAUUAUUUUGUUGCCUCCAUGAGUUGGACCUCUCUUGCACAUCUGUGGAAACCGUCGACUUGCGAGAGGUAGAAGCCCAGAGAUUGAAGCGGCUCAUCCUACUUGGGUGCCAGAAGCUCCGUGCAAUACUAUGGCCACCGAGAUCCUCGUCUAUUCUUGAGACCUUGGAUGUGUUUUGUGUGAGCACCACCCCAUCCACAGCAUCAGGACAGGAAUGGCCACAUCUAUGUAAAUGGGAAGAAAAGAGGAAGGAGGCUACCUCUGCUUCUACUGCAGAAUCAUCAUCCUUGGAUAGAAACUGGUACAUUUGUGUAAGGGAUGCGAGGCUCCUACGGUCGCUAGAUGUCUUUUAUACCUAUGAAAACAAUCGUUGUUCCAUUGGCUGGCCUGCACGUGUGGAGUUCACUACACCACCAGCAUCAGGUGAUCUUGUUGCUGCUCAAGGAGUCAAUAUCUUGCAGCAGUCUAUACAUGUUGUAGAUGUAUAUGCAAGAGAUAUGAUCACCCAUAACCAACUUAUUCAUGAUGAGGAUGCAACUGCGGGUGAUGAGGACGGUGAAGGAGCGAUCCACUGGAUGUGGGAUUGCCCAACGACCCGGACGAUGCAUGGUCAUGGCUUGUAUAUUCACGUACAAGCAGAGGAUGAUGAGCAGGAGGGAGAGUUGAACAUAGGUGGAACAUGGUCUAUGCCCCCUAGAUUUAUAUGCACAAGUGCUGAUGUUAUGCAUGUGCAUGAUUGCCUGUCCAUCACCUCCGGCAUUUCUCUGUCAUACAUUACCUCAUGGGAUCUACUUAAUUGGUGCCGAGUUGAAAGGUGCCCCAUGUUGCGAUCUGUCUUCACUGCCUUUUCUGAAGGAAAAGAAAAUGAUAUUUCUAGUGAUUCAUGGCUGAUAUUUCAAAACCUGACAACAUUCUGGGCAUCACACCUCCCGAUGGCAAAGCACAUCUGGAACUGGAGUCCAAGAGCUUAUCCAUCUGCAUACUCCUUUCAACAGCUCCAGUUCUUGCACCUGGACUACUGCCCGAGGGUCAUCUUCGUGCUCCCCUUGGACUCGAAUAUGUCGCUGCCUCAGCUUGAGACCCUAGAGAUCAUUUGUUGCGGUGAUCUUAGGGAGAUCUUCCGCCCACAGGAUCCCAGGCUCGAGAACCAAGAGGAGGUUGUCAAGCAUUUCCCCAAGCUACGACGCAUCCACCUUCACAACCUCCCGACGCUGCGCAGCAUUUGUGGCCGCAUGAUGUCUUCACCAAUGCUCGAGACUAUCAAUGUCACGGGCUGCCUAGCACUCAGACGUUUGCCGGCAGUCGGCGGCCGUCUCGGGCAGCCACCCACAGUGGUGUGCGAGAAGGACUGGUGGAACGCCCUCGAGUGGGAUGGGUUGGAGGCCAAGCACCACCCUUCCCUCUUCCGCCCCAAGCACUCAUGCCACUACAGGAAGCCCAAGCUUCUUAGAGGCAGCGUCCUCAGGUAAUCAACAACAGCUGCCAUUGGAGGCGGAUGGAUCCCUCCACUCCAUAUAUAUGUUGCGGGUUGCACAGUGUCGACGUCCAUUCCUGACAGCAGUCGAUGAAAUAAGACUCCUAUUAAUUAUUGGUAUCUCCCUCUUCAAGUCGUGGUGUGUGGUUGGUUCCCUCCGCUUCAACUACGUUGUUCUUCUGCCUUUCUCUGCAUCCACAUCACCACCACCAGUUUAUUGUCUACGCUUGUGUGUGUUGUUUCAUCGCUGAGCAACAUUAAAUAUGUGUUUUAUGUGUUGUGUUUAUCUAUUUGGUACCCUGGUUGCUAUAUAAUUAUGUGUGUUUUAUAUGUUGUAUUUAUCUAUUUGGUACCCUGGUUGCUAUAUAAUUAUGUGUGUUUUAUGUGAUGUAUCUAUUUAUCUAUUUGGUA